UUGUUUACGAUCAAUUUCGGCGUCUUUUUCCAUUUAUUAUUAUUAUUUGUUGUUAAUCCUUUAACUAGUUAAAAAACAAAGCCAUGGACGCCAAAAAGAUAUCUUUUGGCUUCAGUAAAUUGGCCAAGAAGCCGAAUAUCCUACCGAGCAAGCAACCAAAAGAGGAAAGCAAAGUGGAACUGAUAAAAUGUUUGGAGGGAAACGAAAUCAUGCCGGUGGAGGAAAAAGUGCAGGCCGCCCCGCUGACCAUCCAAAUGAUCGGAAUGCAGAAGACUUCGUCCGCUUUGGCAAGUUUGAUGAGGCGACGAGCGGUUCUGCUGGGCGAGGAGGAACUUGACCCAGAGGAGGUGACUCCAGCGGCCCAAUCCAUUGCGGAGGUCACCGCAGGCGGUGCUACGGAAAGCCUGGAACAGCGGGCAGCUCGGGAGUUGAUAUCAGCCAGCCAAAAUAAUGCUGACGAAGGCCUCGAUGGUCAGAAACUCGUUCUGCCCGCCGUAAAAGCGGACGAACUGCCUCUCGAUGGCGCCAAGGAGGCCACACUCGAUGACUACGACAACAUUCCCAUCCAGCAGUUUGGCCUGGCCAUGCUGCGCGGCAUGGGUUGGGUGGAUCCGCCGCCAAAAAAGAAGGGUUCGGGGCCAAUUGACGAUGCGCCCUUCCUGCGACCCAAGGGCAUGGGUUUGGGCGCUGACAAAGCACUCAAACCCAAGGCACUGCUGGUGCAGCCGGAGAAAAACGAAGUGCUGGAGAUCAAGAAGCAGGCCUACGUGCGCAUCCUGGGCGGCAAACAGAAGGAUCAGUAUGGCCAAAUCCAAGGAUUCGAUGAUCAUGCAGGCAGAGUCAUUGUUAAAAUGGCCAUUGGUGGUAACAAGGAGGCGUUCAAUGAGUUUCUCUGCCAGCCAGUGUCGAAAAAGGAGUACGCCCAGUAUGGAAAGUGCAUAAACUCUGCCAAGUACGACGAGUAUAAGAAACAUGAAAAUGAGCACGGCCAGAUCAUUGUGAAGGAGGAGAAGCCAACAGAGUGGAGGGAAAGAGACCGCCGGGACGGAGAUCAAGAUCGCAAGAGUUAUAAGUCGGAGGAACAGAGAUCUGGCAAAGACGAGUAUCGCAGGAGAUACAAGGAAGAAGACAAAAGGUCUUACAAGAUUGAAGACAAAAAGUCGUACAAGGAAGAAGAUCGCAGGAAAUACGAGGACGAUAGCCGGAAAGCAUACAGGCCACACAAGGAAGAGGCCAAAUCCUACAAGGAAGAAGGUCGGGACAGAAAGAAAUAUGUACAGGACUCGCGAAGCAGUAGCUCCACCACAUCUAGGCGGGAGGAGCGUCGACGUUCGCCGAGUCCCAGCAGCAGAAGUUCCUCUAAAAGUAAGCGCGAGGAGCGUGACAGGCGGAGUUCACAGAGUCCCAGGAACAGCAGAAGACCGAAGAGCAGCUCGGACGAGGCAGACGACACGGGCGAGUCCACCGAAAGCGACUCGGACUCCGCCUACGAGCGAAGGAAGCACAAGAAAAAGUCAUCCAGCCGCAAGUCCAGAAAGCACUCGAAAAAGUCCAAAAGUAAAUCGAAGAAGGCGGACCACGACGACUCCAGUUUGGAGAGCGAUAACAGCUCGAAUGAAAACCACCGUCGACAUCCCAGCAAGCACAAAAAGAAGACCAAGAAGAGCAAGCACGUGAGAUCCCGCACGCGGUCUAGAUCGAGGGACCGCAAGUGAUUUGAUCUAUUCAGUUGAAAUCUUUAUUUAAAUAUAGUUCAAUAGACGCUUAAGUUCUUUUGUAUCUUACUUGGGAUUAUCAUAAAUUUCAAUUAACUCACAAAAUAA